AUGCAUAUGUAUCGGAGGGAAGAGGGAAAGGGACCGAUGGAGGAUUGUCGAAAAUUAAUUUUUAUCACGGUGGAGGGUUUUAUAAUCGAUCAGCAGAAGCAACAGGGUGGAAAGAAGGUGAGUAUCAGAGUAGUAGAAGCACAUCAACGAUGCAUCAUACCUGUUGCUUCAUCUCUUCAAACAAUUUCCACCGAAAGCAUCAACCAAGAAACUCAAAAUUGUUUACACAACAAUUUCAUCUCUAAUGGAUAUCCGAUAACUUUCUCUUGAUAUAAGAGUAGUUUCCUGCCGAUGCAGUACUGUCAUACCAAUCAUCUCGACAAGGAAACUUGCUACGUCGCUGAUUUGAACUUGCUACGAGAGUUCACGUGA